CAAAACAUUUAGGCCUGACCUAGGCUAGGGUAUUACUUUACGCUGACGCAUUUAGUCAACAAAGUAGAGAUUAUCAUGCCUAUUCUGGGACCAAUCCUCUUUUAGAUCUUGUAAGAAUGGAAAUGGAUUCCACAUUUAUAUAAUUAAUUAUUCCACAUUUCACUCAGGUUUCAAUGGAGCAGAAGGCCGGAUGGAAUCUUGCGGUGAUGGUAAUUAUGACCAACACACACAAAUAUGCUGCGGCGGCCAAGUCGAGAGGCAGCCAUCGACAGCGGUAGGGACCAGGGCCUGCUGUGGAGGGACAGUGAGUGGAACACAUUACUUCCAUGGGCAACAGAUAUGCUGUGGUAACACCUUGAGAAACAUAACACCUGAUCUGCAGUGCUGCAACAGUCAACAGUUCUACAAUGAAACCACCCAAACUUGCUGUGGCGCAGAGGUUGUCGAUAUGUCAGAAGGCAAAGUAUGCUGUCCUGGCCCCAAUAACAGAUUACAAGGUUUCCCAGGAUUUGGUGGUGACCCCAAGUGCUGCGGAAUCAGCGGUCCCUACUAUCCAGAGAGGGAGCUCUGCUGCGAGGUUGGAAGAGAACGAUCCAUAAUCCGAGAGAGACCGAGUGGGCGGGAGAUGGAGUGCUGUGGUUUAAACAGCAUGGAUGCUUCCACUCACAUGUGCUGCAAUAUGGAGCAAAUACAGAGGGAACCUCUCUUAGAAUGUUGUGGAAGUGGCACCUACAAUGUGACCACAGAAAUAUGCUGUAAGGGGGUUGCUGUUCCAAGAGGUCUAAAUGGUGGAUAUGAGUGUUGCGGCGUACAGGCGUACAAUCCAGAGAAUGAAUUCUGCUGUUUUGGUGCAAUACGCGGCCUUGGACAAGGAAAAUGCUGCACUGGAGCUCGCGAGAACUUUUCAGCAUACCAACCGGGUAAGCAGUCCUGUUGCAAUCCCGAGGUCAGUUCCAUUCCAGAGAUUUCUGGCAUCCAACAGUGUUGCGGAAAGAAAGCUUACCUGACUUCAUCCAAGAUGUGUUGUAAAGAAAACCUUGUUGACAGAGAAGAAGACCUUGAAUGCUGCGGAAGUGAUACCUACAACACGAGGACCCAUCUAUGUUGCCAUGACAGCAUACUACUAAAGCGUACUACUACUGACCAAUGCUGCGCUUCUCUGCGUUUUGACCCUACCACCCACACAUGCUGUGGGCAACAAGUUGUAUCAUCAGUUGGAAAAUGCUGUCUACUGACCGCAGACACGUUUGGGGUGUAUAAUGAGAGACAAACCUGCUGUGGGGUUAUGGAUUGGAAUGCUUCGACUUAUACUGGACAUAUUUAUGAUGUACCUACGUCACCCCAUUUAUGUUGUGGUGCUCAGCUUCAGGGAGCAGACCAGCUCUGUGAAAAAAAUGUGCUGAUUGAGAAGAGCAAUUUAAACCAUGAUGAAGUCUGCUGGUACUACAAUGGCGAUGAUGAAAUGACGUACACGACAUUCAACAAGGAGCAGACAUACUGUGACAUUCGGGAUGGUGUGACUGCCAUUUCUCCCGGUCAUCAGUUGUGCGGAAGUGGAACUUAUAACCCUGAAAGUCAACUGUGUUGCGAUAACCACAUCCAUGACAACGCUGACAAAGCUUGCUGUGGUUUCAACGCCUAUGACAAGAGCUCGCAAUCCUGCCUCCUUGGAAAUGUCUUUGAUGAUAUUCCUGAAAUAUAUGCAGGGAAAUGCCGUGAUAAAGCAUUCAACAACCAAACUGACACAUGCGACGUAAAUUUCGAAAUCCGUCCUAUAAGCGAAGUGGAGGAAUAUCCCGAGAGAUGCGGGACCGAACCAUUCAACCCGGUCGAUCAUGAAUGCUGUAAUAGGGAGCUGAUAGGGCCUGGUUUCACCUGCUGUGGGGGGAUCCGUGCUUGGGACACUCCAGGAACAAGCCUAGGAGAAGGGAAGUGUUGCAAAUCAAGUGAUGGGUCAUCCAAGGGCUACAACGACCAGACACAUAUCUGCUGCCAAGGAGAGGUUCAUGUCAAGAGUGGACAAGCAGAAUGCUGUGGCUCAGACGCCUAUGAUCCUGCAGACGCUAGCUCCAUGUGCUGUGGAGAUCGCCUCUACGCCGUCACUGGAGGAAAGACUGAAUGCACAGGGACCUCUCCUCACCGGUCGGACCAGAUUGUAUGCGAUGGGGUUGUUCAUCCAGCUUCUCCUGACAAAGUAUGCUGCGGGAAGAGUCUAAUCAACCUGGAUAACCAUGUAUGCUGUGAACAUAUUCCAUACAUAAAAGAAAGCCAAGACACACAGUGCUGUGGAAAAGUAUCCUAUGACCGGUCAAACAAAACCUGCUGUGGGGUGUCCCUCUACAAAAGCCUAGCCACGGAGCAACAAUGCUGCGGCAAUAUGUACUACGACAUCAGCGAUGAGGUGUGCCAUCAGACCGGGGAAGACCUGUAUGUCUUCAGGUCAGAUGACGCAGACAUGGUGUGCAGCGAGGGAACCUACAAUUCCACCAAGCAUACAUGCUGCCAGGGUAUUCUCCAUAAGCACAUCGCCAACGGACAGUGUUGCGGCAACAGCGUGGUGCGUAAUCUCGAUGAGGAGGUGUGCUGUGGCGGGGAGGUAAAGCGAAGGGAAGGCAGACACACGGAAUGCUGUGGAGGCCGCAUGUUCAAUCCCAAUGUGUAUCAGUGCUGUGGCAGGAGGAUCAUGCCAAUCUACUCUAGCUACCGGCAGUGCUGCAAUGAUCAGAUUAUUCCAGCAAUAAAAGAGUGUGUAGGUAACUAGAUAAUGUAGGUAAUUCAUAAAGAUAACCUCUCUUUACCACUGACAAAUUAUUCCCCUUUCCUUUUCAGUCUCUAACUUUUGCCCCCAUUCAUAUACCUUAUUAAUUACCCGUAGUAUAGCUCAUUCGGUCUGACUUGGUCGUAUUUCAAUGUAUUAAAUUCUUAAAUGAAUUGCAUUUAUCUUAUUUGACAUUACUGAAAAUGUAUUUUCUAUUUAUUAUUUUUAUUUCAUGUAUUACUUUAAUGUUGCCAUUAAAAAAUAUUCUUUACUGGAAUAACCACUGUUCUGUAUCUAGAGUGAAUGUAAAUAAUCUAAUAUUUAUUUAUGAAAUUGUAAUGUAUGAUAAUACAUGUUUCAUAUUUAUAGCCGACAUUCACAUAUUAUUGGCACAUAUUCACUGUGCUUUCAUUCUGUCAAAUGUAAUUUCAGAUUGAAUUUCUAUUCAUCGUACAGCUGCCUUAUUACCAAUUCACGGCAUAAAUAAUAAAAUUCAAUCAGUAUUUAACCCUCAUUCCUUCUAAAGGAAUAAUUAUUCAAAGAAUAAAAUGCUCAAUACCUUGAUGUUUUGUAUUUUUUAAAGUUAUGUACAUGUAUUUUCAUUAAUAGAAAGGAUAGAGCACAUAAACUGCAAGAAACUGAAUGUAUUUGUGUAUAUUAGUGUUUGGAAGGUAAAAAAUGUUAAUCCAAUUUAUCUUGUCGAAGUAUAGUAGUUCAGUACUGAAGCAGUAUAUGUAAGUGAAAUUAGAUUUCUGUUUCAUUUAAAGGUCAUAUUUAUUUUGUGAUGAGAAUUCUAUCAGAAAUAGUGUAUGUUUCGAAUAUUUAUACUGUAAGUCUGAAAAGUAUACAUGUAUUUAUCUAUUUAUUUGCAUAAAGAUGCAAAAUACUCACUUAUAAGAGAAUUUAUUCAUUAUUAUCCUGUAUGUCAAAUUGACAUGUAUUUAAAUUUGUCUAGUAUUGAAAUACAUGUAUGUCUGAAUAUACCAGUGUUCCGCCACUACAGUGUAGUGGUGGACUCAUGGAAGAAUAAAAAACCAAUAACUCGCUAUCAGUAGCUUGUUUAAAUGUGUAUAGGCCAUUCAUAGGCCAACCUAUGUAGAGAAUUAUUGGAGCUCAGUUGAAUGACCUUCCAAGUUUGGUAGCAAAGAAUAAUGAUAUUGUAGUUUGAGUAUGAAAGAUGUCGAUAGAAUUUGCUAUCAUUUUUAAGAGUUCCUGGAAAGGAAUCUUGAUUUCCCUUAACAUAGAGUUAGCUUAUCCAUAGCAUUUCAAACACAAGUAUUUUACAUCUUUUGUUUAGUAACAUAUGAGAAAAUAAUAUAUGUCCUUGCUGUCUUACACGCUUUGAUGCCAUCAUUCUCAUUAUUGAGUAUUGACUUUCAAUUUGAAUUUUGUUUCACUCAUGGAACAUAAUGAUAUUAAAAAUGUAUUUAGACAUUCAUUCUGACUAUAUUUAGUGUAAAUGAAAAGGUACUCUUUAGAGUCCAAUAUUCCUCUGGAAAAUGAUGCAUGCAUGCUUUAAAUAUAACAAAAUAUAGUUCUGAUAAAUUUUCUGUUUCGUCUUUUGCUGAAACUCAAUUUACUUCAGAAGACAUAUUAUUAUUAAUAUGUUGAUGUGCAAGAACAAAAUAUAUACAUGCAUAUGUAUAAUACACAAUGACCCUUUGUGAUAUUUGUACAGCACAGCAUCAGAUUUCAAUGAUCUUUCAAGAACUUCAAAGUUAUGAAACUAGACAACUUGGUUAUUCAUAUGAAGAUGAACAGCUCAUGUUAUGAUGUGAUGGUUAAUUGGUUUCCCCAAUCUUUCCCUAAUUACCAUUACUUAAAGGCCCACUGCACUAAUGGUAGCUACUUGC